UUCCUUCUCAACAUCUCCGGAUCUGGUCUGUAAAGCGGAAGAAUUAUAAAUCAAUCCAAUUUUAUUGAUCACAUCCUUGUGUUUAGCAGAUGUUAUAGCGGGUGUAGCGAAAUGCUUGUAACACACUGACUACUUCGGAGGUUGCAUUGCUGUAAAUGCUGCAUGGUUCAUAGCACGUAUAGCGGUAAUUUGUCUGGUAUUUUUUAGGCUACACUUACUGGGUCUCAGACAAUUAAAACUAUCUGGAAUCUCGGAAGAGGACGUUGUUCCAACAGACUCUGGGGUAGAGGUAGACGACAACAGUAUUUUUGGUGAAUAGGGUGUUGGACGUUUUAUUGACUUUAAUAGAUUACAAUCUUAUCCAGGGCCUUUCUGAAGUAAGAUUAGGCUACAUCAGACAUAUAUUUGUCACAACGUAAGUCGAGUGUUGAUAUUUAAAUUAACGUUUGUUCUGGUCUAGCUUUAUCUGAACGCAGUAACAAAGAAAGUAACUAGUGUAGGCUAGCUACAGAUUUACUGUCACGUUUUGUAUUUGAAGAAACUUUGAAGAAAGAACGGCUUCAACGAUGGAUCGGGACAGAGCUAGUCCGUCCCCCUCCACCCUGCCGGAGUCCCCUGGUCACAACUCUCCUGGUAGCGCCUUACUGCUGGAUCCGAAGAGGGUGUCUGUGUGGCUGGUCGACUGCAGGAAAACACCAGGGCAGAGUGGAGCUGUGAGAGAAGGACACGAGGAGGGAGAUGGAGAUCUGAUUUCAUCAAGGGACACCCCUAACCAUCGUUCUCUUAGUGGGAGGGGCUUAUCGUCUGGGGAGCCUCAACAACAUGUUGAUGACGAGACAGAGAAGAGUCUCUCCAGAUCAGAACAUCUCAAGAAACACCAGCAGGGACGUACAGGGAAGACACCUCACCACUGCUGCUCUGACUGUGGGAAGAGUUUCACAAGCCAGAGUGGCUUCAUUAUUCACUGUGAUCAGUGUGGGAAGAGUUUUGCUGCAUCUAACACCUUCAAAUCUAAUGUAAGAAUUCAUACAGGAGAGAAGCCUUAUAGCUGUGAUCAGUGUGGAAAGAGCUUCAAACAUUCAGGCAGCCUGACUACACACCAGCUAAUGCACACUGGAGAGAAGCCUUAUAAGUGUGAUCAGUGUGGAAAGAGCUUUGCUGCAGCUUCCGUCCUGAUUAUACACCAGCGUGUACACACAGGAGAGAAGCCUUAUAGCUGUGAUCAGUGUGGGAAGAGCUUUAAUCAUUCAGGCAACCUGACUACACACCAGCUAAUGCACACUGGAGUGAAGCCUUAUAGUUGUGAUCAGUGUGGAAAGAGCUUUGCUGUAGCUUCCGCCCUGAUUAUACACCAGCGUGUACACACAGGAGAGAAGCCUUAUAGCUGUGAUCAGUGUGGAAAGAGCUUUGCUGUAGCUUCCUCCCUGAUUAUACACCAGCGUGUACACACAGGAGAGAAGCCUUAUAGCUGUGAUCAGUGUGGGAAGAGCUUUGCUGCAGCUUCCGCCCUGACUACACACCAGCGAACACACACAGGAGAGAAGCCUUAUAGCUGUGAUCAGUGUGGAAAGAGCUUUGCUGUAUCUUCCGCCCUGAUUGUACACCAGCGUGUACACACAGGAGAGAAGCCUUAUAUCUGUGAUCAGUGUGGAAAGAGCUUUGCUGUAUCAGGAAAACUAACUAGACACCAGCUAACACACACAGGAGAGAGGCCUUAUAGCUGUGAUCAGUGUGGGAAGAGCUUUGCUGCAGCUUCCAACCUGAUUAGACACCAGGUAACACACACAGGAGAGAGAACUUAUGUCUAUGUGGGAAGAGCUUUGCUUGAGCUUCCUCCCUAACUAUACACCAACGAACGCACACAGGAGAGAGGCCUUAUAGCUGUGAUCAGUGUGGGAAGAGCUUUGCUUGAGCUUCCUCCCUAACUAUACACCAACGAACGCACACAGGAGAGAGGCCUUAUAGCUGUGAUCAGUGUGGGAAGAGCUUUGCUUGAGCUUCCUCCCUAACUAUACACCAACGAACGCACACUGGAGAGAGGCCUUAUAGCUGUGAUCAGUGUGGAAAGAGCUUUGCUGUAUCAGGAAAACUAACUACACAUCAGCGAACACACACAGGAGAGAGGCCUUGCACACUGGUGAGAAAGAAGCCUUAUAUCUGUGUGGGAAGCGUUUCAGUCAGUUAUGGACCCUUUGUUCACACCUGUAAGGGUUUUCCUGUGGUGAAGUAGAGGCGGACCAAAACGCAGCGUGGUUAUAUUGAUUCAUGUUUAAUAAAAACAGAUAAACACAAACACUACAAAACAAUAAACGUGGAAAACCAAAAACAGCCCUAUCUGGUGCAAAACACAGAGACAGGAACAAUCACCCACAAACACACAGUGAAACCCAGGCUACCUAAGUAUGAUUCUCAAUCAGAGACAACUAAUGACACCUGCCUCUGAUUGAGAACCAUACUAGGCCGAAACAGAAAUACCCCAAAACAUAGAAAAACAAACAUAGACUGCCCACCCAACUCAAGCCCUGACCAUACUAAAUAAAUACAAAACAACGUGACAACACCAGUGAAGACACACUGGAGAAGGAACCUUAUGUCUGUCCAGGUGGGAAGAGCUUUGUUUAUUUAGGGUCAAUGAGAAAACAACAGAAAGCACAAACAUGCUGUAUUUCAUCUCCCUCCCUUCUGGCACUGUUUCCAGAUCCCUAAAUAAAGGAUCAAUAGAAAACAUCUAGUAAACAGUCAUAUCCAUCUCCCAUUCUUAAAUAGUUUCCUCAGUCUGAUCACCAUGGUAACCUCUGUGCAGCAUAAUAUGCAGCUCUGAUCUAGGAUCAGGUCUCCACUGUGUCUAUGUAAUAUCACACAUUGAUCUAAAUGGAUACAUGUUAUCAUAGGAAAUGUCAUAUUGAACCUGUGGGGAGGAUGUUGAUAAUUGUAUCUUCUUUCAUGUACUCAUGAUACUAUUAUUAUUAAAUGUCAUUAUGUAGAAUAAUGUUUCAACAAUAGGUGUAUAUUCAUGUAUUCAAUUGAUCAAUACAUUCAAUACAUUAUCUUCUAAACAAGAAGUUAUCACUUAAAUUGUGUAUUUUAUAAAUCUGUAUUGAUUAAAAUGAUCCUCAAUCUAAUCCAUAAUAUAUUGGAUAAUUAUUUCCAUGAGUUCAAGGCAAGAUCUCUGCAUACUGUGUCUUGUAACAACGGUUAAUGUAAUAACUUUUAGAUUUAUAAUGUAAUAAAACCGGUAAAUG